UAUUUAAUAUCCAUCAUUCGAACAGGAAUGAUCAAAAAAAGGUGGAAAAGUUUCCCAAAUUUGUAAUUAUUAAAAAAUUCCUAGAAUAACCUAUAACUAAAUUCUGAUCAAAAUCACCUAAUCAAAAUUUUACAAAAUGUUCCAAAUCAAACCAAUUGUAGUAAUUGUAUCCUCAUUUUUGGUCUCUUUCCUCAUCACACAAGCUGACGGACUUGACUUUAUUCUAGAAAGUGACCAAGAUUUCGAGAAGUACGGAUUUUACUGUUCCGUUCACAAUUAUCCGGACGAGACAUGUCAGCUGAAAAGCGUCCCUAGUCCGGACCAAUUGCCGGACUAUUUUCAACCCCGAUUUCGAAACCUUUCCUGGACGGAGGAGGAUGUCACGCGAGGUGGGCGAGUGUUUUACGUGGAAGGGAGCGGAAUUGGAAAAAGGUUCCUCUUAAGGACGAAUCGGACUAUGAUGCCAACCGCGAAAAUUAUUAUGAUCAAAUCCGCCAAAUUUUAUACGGAGGUGUAUCAAGGGUUCGGAAUCUGGAAGGGCUACGAACCUGAGCAGUGGUACUUUCCUGGCUCCGAUCCUGACUUUACUGGGACCUGGAUCGCAGCAAAGAAGGGUCCAAUCGACGCAUUUGGCGAUAUGAUUGACAUCAUCCUAACCCACAACCAGCUCAAUGAACUCACCGUCUUCACCAGCAUCCACAUCUUGCUAGACCCACCUCCCGUCAAAACCGACGAAAUCACCCAGCCCGCCGAUUUCGCCCGGCUUGGCUUCACUUUUUCCGCGCCCGACGCCGAAAUCCGAAACGUCUCCAGUGGCACCGGCCUUCCCGCCUAUUUCCCCGAAGCCUACAAAUCUUUGCUCGUCAAUGACGGCGAAACGAUCAUGUGGCUCGAAGUUGACGCCACGCUGCCCUUUCGUCAACACAGAUUCCACUAUUUCCCCGAAUUACCGAAUAGCCCCGAAAACAUGCGACCUUACCCGGCCGUCGUGCAAAUUUCCUUUUUCGGACGUACUACGCCCCUGUUCACAAGUAGUUUUGGCUAUGGCCCGCACAUGAAUUGGGUCGGGGACAGAUAUUUGUACACGAAUUUUUCCCUGAAUUAUGACGAGUGGGGGUUGGGCGUCAGUGGGAACAAGGCGAUGCAGCUGUACUACUUUAUCGAGUGGGAUGGUGUUGGAUUGUUCGCGUAUAAUAAUCAUAUCGAUGAGAUGUCGGUAUUUUGGAAGAUUUCUUUUAGUUAUUACUAUUGGGAGGAGGAUAUCGUGACAACGACGACGACGACAACGACGACGACGACAACGACGACGCCACGACCGACGACGUCGACUUUACCUACUACAACGCCCACUACGACCGAUGGAGAAACGACUACUCAAGAAAUUACGACGCUUAUUGUUCCUUCGACGAGCAUUGAAACGACGACUACGGCGACCACCACAACAACCAUGACUACAACAUUGUCCACACCAGCGACAACUGCGUCCACUGGGGUCACGUUAAUUGAUAAUUUGAAUAUGCUUCUAUUUUCGUUGUUGACAACGGGAUUUUUUGUAUGCAAAUUAAAUUAACUAUUAAAUUCAGUAUUAAAUUAAAUUAAUAUUGACAUUCAGCGAUUAUAAGUUUGACUUAUUCCAUAUUAAAAUAGAGAAUUUAUGGAAUUAAGCGAUACUUACAGUAUCGCUGUAUCGGUGCAUGCAAAAAAUGUAAAAAAAAACAUUUGUAAAUUUGCCUUGUAAAAAGUUUACAAUUUGUAUAAUAAAUAAGCAUAGUUUAGGUGGA